ACCAAUAGCACGUCAGGAGAAAUUUUUUAUAACAAAAAUAAUAGAAAUUAAUGACCUAAAAGCGCUCAAAAUCGAAAAACACAUACAAACAAAGCAGUAUCUGGCAUCAUAAACUAACUAAGAGACGGCUGCGCAGUUGCAGGCCGCUUGAGAACUAAAAUUCAGCCUCUUAAUUUACGGCCCCCGUGUGUGUGUGUGUGCUGUUUUCUCACACACACAUUUUCGCUGAGGCAGCAGCAGCUGUAAUUCUUUGCAAUUAGCAACAAAACAGAGGCGCACGGCAGCAACAACAACAGAGAAUCGCAUUUUCCAGCACCGAGAUCGCGACGGCAACACUGACAUCAACAAGGCAAGCCCCAGCGGGACGGGACGAGCGUCGUAGUGGACUGCAUGCACGGCGGAACAGUAAACAGAUCCGCAGAAGCCCCCUGACGAGCCCCAUUACUCGAGCACUGGAGUGGGCAGCUCUGCCGUCGUAGGCUGUAGGCUGCAGGAGGAGGUUUCAUUUCAGGAAUAUUCGAAUACUCUUACAAAUUAUUUAGACAGCAACAUGACUUCGUCGUCGACGCCAGGCGGACGAAAACAGCCCACAGCGGUGUCGCGCAUGAAACAGGAUUAUAUGCGCUUGAAGCGCGACCCCUUGCCGUACAUCACAGCCGAGCCGCUGCCCAACAACAUACUGGAGUGGCAUUACUGUGUCAAGGGGCCCGAGGACUCGCCGUACUACGGCGGCUACUACCACGGCACAUUGCUGUUUCCCCGUGAAUUUCCCUUCAAGCCGCCAUCGAUCUACAUGACCACACCAAAUGGACGCUUCAAGACAAACACUAGACUGUGCUUGAGCAUAUCAGACUUUCAUCCGGACACCUGGAACCCCACAUGGUGUGUGGGCACCAUUCUGACUGGUCUGUUGAGCUUUAUGCUGGAAAGCACACCCACUUUGGGUUCCAUUGAGUCAUCGAACUAUGCCAAGCAAGUGCUUGCUCAAAAGUCGCUCGCAUUUAACCUCCGCAACACAAAUUUCUGUGAGCUCUUUCCCGACAUUGUCGAGGAGAUAAAGCAACGCCUGCAGGGCAGCCAGGCGGCAACAGCGGCUGCUGCUGCUGGCACCGCAUCCACAUCGGACGCAUCGAACCGCGCCAAUGGCAUUGCCAACGGAGGAGCCGACCUCGCCGAUCCAAAUCAGCCUGCCGGUGCGGGCUACUUGCAGGAUGCUGCAGACGGCAUCGAUGGCACCAAUGCCCCUGCCACUGAAUUGGCCAACGGAAGGCCAGGCGCAUUGCUGGACAGCCCACGUAAUUCCUAUCUAAAUUGGCAGUCGGUCUAUUCGAACCUGGUGAUUGUCAUCUGCUUUGCGAUAUUUGCCCUAAUUGUUAAUUACGUGAUCAAAAACCUGAAUCAGGAAUAGAAUUAACUACCCCCCACACACACACAAACACACACACACACAGCCCCCUAAUCUAUGUAUAUUUCACGUGUGAAUUAUAGAUUACACAUUUAUUUAUGCCGUGUGCAUAUUUAAUCUAGAAUUACUCUACAAGUAGUCUUCGUGAAAUUCAGUACCGCUUCAGAAGUAUUUACCGACGCUGCUUACCGACCCCCCACACGAUACCAUACCCCGCCCCCUAAUCGCUGUUGGUCUGAAACUAUUGGCAAUAACAAAUAAUAACAUAAAAAAACACCUUUUAAACUCAAUUUAUACAAGUCUAUAAAUUGUUUUUGUUAUGUAUUCAGUACUAUUAAAUUAUAGUUUAAUGCAACAUAAAUGAAAGCCAGGAGAAUAUGUUUGUAAAUGAAUAAAUAAGAGCCGGCUACAUAGCAUUAGCCCGUGUACAAA